AUGGCGUACCAAGCGAUCCAGGGUCCGAGUUCGGGAUCGAGUUCGGGGUUUCAGCUACUGAAUUCUCCUUUCGGAGACACCACUUACACCAAAGUCUUCGUCGGAGGGUUGGCCUGGGAGACUCAGAGCGAAACCAUGCGCCGCUACUUCGAGCAGUUCGGCGAGAUUCUCGAGGCCGUCGUCAUCACCGAUAAGAACACAGGGCGAUCCAAGGGCUAUGGUUUCGUGACUUUCCGGGAUCCCGAGGCUGCAAGGAGAGCGUGUGCUGAUCCAACUCCUGUUAUUGAUGGUAGAAGGGCGAACUGUAACUUGGCUUCACUUGGUCGACCACGACCCCCUUUGCCUUAUGGACGGGUAAGACCUGCCUCCCCUUAUGUUGGAAGUGUGCAACCAGCUCGAGGUGCUUAUGUAGGAGGCUUUGGGUACCAGCAACCGCUUUCCUACAGCUAUCAACAAGGAUUAGUUUACCCUCCUUAUGGGUAUACGACAUAUGGACCUGAGUACAUAUACCCACAGAGUCUGUACAACCCAUAUGUGGGGCAACAGUACCUUCAGUUAUAUGGAGUGCCUGGAACAGUGAAUACAAAUAUUUAUCCAUAUGGACAAUUGGGUCAGGCUAUUCCUAGUGGUCAUGCUGGUUAUUCGGCAAUGCAGGGUUAUACAGUACCAGGUCAUCAGAUUGUUCCAUAUGGUGGAUCCAAUGUUAAUGCCAUAACAACUUCACCUAUGCCUGCCAUUCAAGCUUCAUUUCCUAGUGGAAUUGCUGCACCAGUUCCUGGCCAACCACAAUUUAUUGUUUCUGCUCCUUCUUCUCAGUUCAUGCAAGGUAGUGGUCCUGACCAAACAGCUGGGUGA